AUGCAGUUCACGGAACUGAGCGAGCUGAACCACGUGGUGGGGCUCAUGCGCCUCGCUGCGUGCAACAGUCCGACGUUCCACGACCGUCAGGACUCGGAGGUGGACCGGAUCUACAAUUCGUCGCCAAAAAUGGAGCUGCAGCUGCGCAAUUCGUGGCUGGACAAGAUGACGGCGUUUAACCCGCAGGCGUCGAGUGCUGCUUCCGGCUCUGGGACCGCGUCUCUCAGUGGCAAGAAAGCGCCAAAAUGUUUACGUAAAGGCAGCACUUCCGGUGGCUUUGUCGUGUCGAAUGGAGGUAAAGCUGGAGACGAGACGACGAGGGACGGACGAGAGAAGUGCGUGGCGGGUAGUGGUAGUGCAGCGCAGUCCUUGAGACGUCGGCCGUCGACGCAGUCAGGACGUGGGGACAAGAAAGUCGUUGUUGGCUCUGCUGCUGCUGCAGCUGCUGGUGCUGGUGGCCAGAGUGAGAUUAAAGAAGAGACGGAGACGGCAGUUGCAGCUGAAGAGGCCAAAGAUGGGGACGACGGAUUUACGUUCGAGAGAGAAGAGGUGCUGCCCAUGUCGUUCCACGAGUUGUCGCUGCUGGAUAAAGCUCUCAAGGGUCCAGCAGCAUCGACGUUGGGGGCGAGGCCACCUAUGAUGGGAGCGGAUGGAAGUGCUGUGUUGCAUUUGACGAUCUACUUGCCCACGAGGGACGAGAUGAAAAUCGAUUUGUACGACGUGUCGACCGUCGAUGAAGCGAUUCAAGAGCUACUGCGUGUGCAUCAGGCUAAUGCGCGCCAGCCGACGCUGUAUUAUGGCCACCCCGAGUGUUACGAACUUCGACUGCAUGACUCAGACGGCAUUCCCGACGAGGACUUUCCAGCUCUCGACCGUUCGCGGAAAAUCAAGAAUUUUGGUGAUGCUGGCGGCCAUGAGUACUGUUUGUGCGAGCGGCCAGAUGCCUGCCCGCCAACAAGCGAUGCAACUCCCGAUACUGCCUCACCUGCCGCAGUGGCGAAGCCAAGUGCUGCUGCUGCCAAGACACCGUCAGCCAACGACAAGGCAUUCCUCAAGAUCUUCAUGCCUAAGAGCGACGACUACACAGUGGUGGCCAUUGAUGGCACGACGGUGGGCCAAGAUCUGCUACCGACUCUCAAUAAAAAACACCGGCUGCAGCUCUUUCAGGAGCUGUACGUGCUUAAGAUUAGCGAGGUCGAUCGCGACCGUCUCGACCUCGCCAGCGACGAGAUCGAUAUGCACACCAAAUUGCGGCCGCUCAAUUUGCACGAAGUAACACUCGCCACGAAAAUAUUCGCCGAUGCACCUCAGAUUUCUGCUCCAGCUCCGUCGUCCAUGGAGGAGACUACGAAUCUUGACAGUCGUUCUCGACCGCCUCCGGAAACGUUUAUGUUCAAUGAUGUUACAGCCGCAAUGUUCAAGGAAUGGCACAUCAUUAAGAAAAACAAGUACGGCAAGAAGCAGCAGCGCAUGCUCGGUAUCGAUCUUAACAAGAUCUACAACCGCAAAGUGGGAGAGCGCGUGAUCACGUCGAGCAAGUCCACUAAGAUUGCAGAGAGGCCAAUGUCCGGUGUGGUGUGGGUGCGCUUCAACCAAGAUCCGUCCGAGUUCCAGAUCUACUUCAAGGACAGUAUCGAGGAGAUCAUUACCGACUACACGGCAGACUCGCCGUACGAGUGCGCUGAGAUCGUCGCCAAGCUCAAGUACAUUCUAUCGCGUAGGAAAUGA